GUCGUAUCAACUAUCAAGGUUCAAAUUUAACUGCUCUGAUCACUGAUGUCCCAUCUUCAAACGCUUUAACAGUUUACUCAUUUUCAAAAUUUAACCUAAUGUUCAAAGUUCAAAUCGUUAAAAAUCUCUCUUAUUUCUCCUGACUUCUUCAUACGGAGUAUAAUUCAUACUCACAAGAGGUGGGUUUUCUUCUUUUCAGUGGCCCGUACCAAUCUACCUCAGGGCUGGAGAGCUUGAAAUCGUUCUUAGUAAACAGCCACGAAGAAGAGGAAAGCAUCUCAGGGAAUAGAAAAUGCCUCAAAGGAAUCCUCUUAGGGUUUCUUCUCAGCUUAGAGUUUCAUGCUCUGAUGCAGAGCAGCUGCGGGGUCGGCCAUUGACUGAACGGAGCCCCAGAUUGCUUGGUGAUCGUCCAUCUCCAAGGGGUUCUCUAUCUGACCCGACAGCCCAAAAGAAACUUGGAUCACGCAUUUCUGACUUAGAAAACCAACUUGGGCUGGCUCAGGAGGAACUAAAAUGUCUUAAGGAGCAGUUAACCUCAACAGAGAUUGCAAAGAAACUGGUGCGGGAGAAAAUUAAGAAGAAAACGAUGAAACCAGCUGUUCCCAAGCAAGACUUCCCUAACAAUGAAAAAGAAAACAGGCCUGUAAGUGUGGUUUUAGAUGAUAGCCCGAAAGAAUUUGAUAAGGUAAGCAUGUUUAAGGCCAAACUGGAAGAGAAGGAAAAAGAACUUGCAAACGUCUACAGAGAAAAUGAGAGCCUGAAGCAGCAAAUGAACGAAGUGGCUAUGGAGGCAUCAUUAGCCAAGAUAAAGGAAGAAGAAACCGCUCUCCAUUUGAAGCAAGUUAAAGAAGAGCUGGAAACUUCUAGAGACAAUGCAUCCAUGUUGAGUGAAAAGCUAGAAGACAGCGAGAAGGCGAAGGAGGCAUUAGAGGCUGAGAUGAAGAAGCUGAGUAUACAAACUGAACAAUGGAUGAAAGCAGCGGAUGCCGCGGCUUCACUUCUUUCAGGGGACCAGGAGGUGAUGAUGAAUGGGAGAAGGAUGUCUGAAAGGUACUGCAAAAGUUUACUUGAACCGGUAGCCGGGGGAUAUUUGGGACAUCCUGUCUUGUUUGAUGACUUUGAGGAUGCUUCUGAAAGCGGGAAGAAGAAAGGUUCUGGCAUCAAAAUGUUCGGCGAUCUCUGGAGAAAGAAGAGCCAGAAAUAAGGGUAUUGUUUUUCUUGUUUCUGUUUCCUGGAUACUAAUUUGGUAUAUUUUUCUUUUCUAUCUGUUGCAAUUGAACUUGACUUUGGACUGUUUCACCUUAAACAGGCAUGGAAAUUGGUAUCUAUUAGGAGGAUUCUACACUUGGUACUUGUUCAACUUUACAUCCAAUACUUUGGAUGUUUUCAUGUAGGAAUGAACGUUGAGGGUGGGGAAGGAUAGUUAGAGCAUGUCAAUAUGUUAUCAAAUCAAUGUAGAGCUAAGUUGCAGUAUCCUUGUUGCCCUAUUUCCCUUCCGCUUUAUUUACAAUAAUGCUUUGAUUUAAUAGUUCUUCUGUCUUGUAUUAGUUCUGAACAAUCACUUAAAGAGAAUUGUCAAUUACUUUUUCUAUUUCUUUUGAAGU